AUGCAGCUUAGUACAUUGGUAGUAGCGAAGAACAAGAAGAACCGUGCCCGCCACCCCGCGGUGGUUCUUCUCCUGCUCCUCGCCUGCGCCUGCGCCGGCGACAGUGCGCCCGCGAGCGGCGCCGGCGGCGGGAGGUGGGACCUCCUGCAGCUCAGCAUCGGGGUGUCGGCGAUGCACAUGCAGCUGCUGCACAACGACCGCAGCGUGCUCCCUCGAGGGGACUGCACCGCGCACUCCGCCGAGUACGACGUGGCCGCCAACGCGUUCCGCCCGCUCUCCAUCUUCACCGACACCUGGUGCUCCUCGGGCACCGUCGCGCCCGACGGCACGCUCGUCCAGACCGGCGACUGGAACGACGGGUUCCGCAACGCGCGCACCAUGCCCGCGUGCUGCGCGUUCAUCUUCGGUGGCCGGAGGCAGUUCAGCUACGAGUUCUACCCGAAGGCCGGCCCUUCGGAUACGUCCAUCGUCCAAAUGCCAUUUUUGGUGCAGACCAAGGAUUCCGAGGAGAACAAUCUUUAUCCGUUCGUACACCUCAACAUAGAUGGCAACCUUUUCAUCUUCUCCAACAACCGCGCCGUCCUCCUGGACUACAAGAGUAACAAGAUCGUGCGGACGUACCCCGUGCUGGGCGACGGCGACCCGCGGACCUACCCCAGCUCGGGCUCCUCGAUGCUGCUCCCACUGAAACCCAACCCCACCGAGGCCGUGGUGCUGAUCACCGACGCCGCUCCGGCGUGGGUCAUCGAGACAAUGCCGUUGCCGCGGGUGAUGGGCGACAUGAUCCUGCUGCCCAACGGCACGGAGGUGGCGAUCAUCAACGGCGCCGCGGAGAACACCACCGCGACGGGCGUCGCGCGGCUGUACCACUCCUCGGCGGUGCUCCUCCGCGACGGCCACCUGCUGGUGGGCGGCAGCAACCCGCACACCUACUACAACUUCAGCAACGUGCAGUUCCCCACCGACCUCAGCCUGGAGGCCUUCUCGCCGGAGUACCUCGACGCGUCCAACGACAUGCUCCGGCAGAGGAUCCUCGAGCCGUCCCCCACCGGCGCGGCGACGAGCGUGGCAUACGGCGCAACGGCGGCGCUCCAGUUCUCGGUCCCGGCAUCGGCGCGGAGAAGGCGUGGCGGCGCCGCGGGCCUCGGAGACAUGUCGGUGACGAUGGUGGCGCCAUCCUUCACGACGCACUCGUUCACGAUGAACCAGCGGCUACUGUUCCUUGACGUGACCAAGAAUGUGGCGGUGCGGGGCCGAGCCGGCACGUUCAAUGCGUCGGUGACGAUGCCGGCGACGGCGGUGCUGGCGCCACCGGGGUACUACAUGCUGUUCGUGGUGAACGGGCACGUCCCCAGCGAGGGGAUCUGGGUCCAAAUACAGACACAGCAGUGA